ACGGCCUCAAUCACACACACAUAUACCAUUAUGCUCUUAGAAGACCUGCGCAAUACACGAGAGGAUCUAGAGCGUCUCGAGCAGGCCAUAGCCGAGCGCUCUCUCGAAGAUCCCAAACACAUCCGGGACCGCCUAGCAAGAGAUCACCAAAUUUCAGCUUUCCUCGAUCGCAUAAAGUCGCAAUCAAAUCGCGCAGUCGACCUCUACAAAGACAAUGAUGGCAGCCGCCUACGCGAGAUCCAGUCUAUUUCCACCGGCGACACAUUCGACGAGUUCUACAAGCAACUAAACGGCAUCAAAGACUUUCACAAGCGCUACCCGAACGAGCCUGUCGAGAACCUUGAGCGCGCAUACAAGCGCAGGGCCGUCGGCGAAGAUGUCCCUAUCGCGUCUGAGAUUGACACCAUGUUCACUGGAGAGGAAGCCUUUGGUCGCUACUUCGACAUGAAUGCUUUGCAUGAGGACUACAUCAACUUGCCUGGUUCGAAGAGACGCAUCACAUACCUGCAAUACCUGGACACGUUUGACGAGUUUGAGGGUAUGCCCAGGCCGGACAAGCUGAAAGACCAAUACUUCCAGUACCUCGGAAAUCUGGCGACAUAUCUCGAGAGCUUCAUGCGCCGGAUCAAGCCUCUGGAGGAUCUGGACAGACUGUUCAUCGGCUUUGACGAGGACUUUUUGAAGGCAUGGGAGAAAGACGAGAUCUCAGGCUGGCAGCUCAACACGAAAUCAACAGCGGAUGGGCCAGCAACAGAAGGCACAGGCGAAGGAAUGUGGUGCGCAGAUUGUGAAAAAGAGUUCAAGAACGACAAUGUCUACAAGGCGCAUUUGUCAGGAAAGAAGCACAUCAAGAAUGCAGAAGCAAGAAAACAACGCACAGCAGACGGAGAAGCAUCGUCGAACGGCAGCAGCAAUGCGACAUCAGUACACCGUCUGAAGGAGAAGGCUGUGGCCGAACGCGAACACCGUAUUCGCAAACUCGCCUCCGCAAUGCAGACAGAGCGCUCCGACACACGCGCCAACGUCGAACGCAAGCAAGGCAUGACAGACAAGGAACGCCAGCAAGAACUCGCCGCUCUCUAUGUCGAGACCCAGGACCUCCAGAACGCCGAUCCAGCUGCGGAAAACGAGGAGGAAGACGAAGAGUCCAAGGUGUAUAACCCGCUCAAAUUGCCCCUCGGCUGGGACGACAAGCCCAUCCCCUUCUGGCUCUACAAGCUCCACGGCCUUGGUGUGGAGUUCCCUUGCGAAAUCUGUGGAAACUACGUCUACAUGGGCAGAAGAGCAUUUGACAAGCAUUUCGGAGAAGCAAGACAUUUGUACGGAUUGAAGAGAUUGGGCAUCACCAACUCAAGCAUGUUUAGAGAUGUGACGGGUAUUCAAGAGGCGACCGACUUGUGGGGCAAACUGCAGACGGACAGGAAGCAAGAGUCAACAGCGACCGAUCAAGUUGUGCAGAUGGAAGACGGAGAAGGCAAUGUUAUGCCCGAGAAGGUCUACUAUGAUUUGCAAAAGCAGGGCUUGCUGUAAGGAUGUUGAGAGGGUCGGUGGUUUCUAGUAAAGAAAAGAAUUGGACAUGGCGAUGAUGAAGACCAAGGAAUGGAGAGUCGGACAAUCAUCAAGGAGACAGAGAUCUCUAUUCAGCCCUCCUGCACACACGAACAAUAAAGGGACCAGAGUUUCUGACCAAUGAGCGCGAGAGAUGACAUUAGACAUGCAUUAAGGGCCAUGGCAUCUGGAUUCUGUUUCCGAGUCUCCACUCGGCCUUCAAGUGCUUCUCAGCACGUCCGCAGCUUCCUCGGUCUCGCCCAACUCUCUGUAUAUGACCAAGAAGUCCAAUAGUUGUUUUCCUCCCACACUAGUAGCACCUUGUGCCUGUUUGACAGCCGUUCUUAGAUCCAGUAAUAAC